AUGAUGGAAAAUACUUCUGAGGUGAAUACUCAUGAUCUUGAUCUCAAAGAAGUUACGCUUGAGGUUCUUAAUCAGAAUGUGUCGUCUAAUGAAAAGUAUGCUAGACUUAUUAAUGGUUUAGAUGCAGGGUUUGAGUAUGGAAAGAUGUAUGCUUUCAUGGGAACGAGUGGAAGUAGUAAGACAACAACGAUGGAAGCUAUUGCAGGAGUAAUUCCAUAUGGAUCUCGAACCAGAGGAGAAAUCUUAAUAGACAGUAAGGAAAGAAAUGGUGAUGAGUGGGAAGGGAAAUCUGCGUAUGGAAGACAAGAAGGAUACACCAUUGAAGAGUUAACUGUUGAUGAGUUUAUUUACUACUCUACCGCCUUUUCCUUACCUAAUGAAAGUAAGGAAAAUAUCAAGAAAGCCAUGGAUGAAGUAUUGAACAGCCUUCUCGGAUUAGAGAAUGUCCGAAAUAACCGAAUGGAGAAUCUUUCAGGGGGAGAAAAAAAGAGGGUGGUCAUUGCAACGACUUUCAUGAAGAUGCUUUUACUUGAAGGAAAGCUGAAGGUAGCGCUUCUUGAUGAGCCAACCAGCGAACUUGAUUCUGGAUUAGCAAUGGAUGUAGCAAAGUUUCUCAAGGAUUAUGCCAGAAGAAGUGGUACUAUGAUACUUGUGACUAUUCAUCAGCCUGGACAUGGACUUUUUAAUACAUUUGAUGGCCUUCUGUUUAUGGACAAGGGGGUAAAGAUAUACUCAGGGCCUACUAGCGGUUUCAUGAAGUACUUGAAUUCCAAAGGGAUCUAUAAUACAAGCAAAGAGGAGACCGAUUUAGAAUUUAUAUUCGGGGUGUUCAAUGAAAAAUCUGAAAGAGGGAGGCUUUACAAAGAGAAAGUAGAACAGAUUAAAGAAGAGAGAAGGAAAGAAAAGAAAGAUAACGAAAGGUUUAAGGACUCAGUUGAUACACCCAUCAAUUUCAUACCCAACUUUUCAAAAGCCAUCUCUUUGGCCAAAAGACAGCUUAUUAUAGACUGGAGAAACUGGAAUCUCCCACAUGGAUUUAUCUCUACUAUCGUUCUAGCUUUCAGCUGUAUUUUAGUGGAAAAAUUUAUUAUUAGGCCGAAGUACAAUAUAGGCGAGAAAAGUUUCCUGGUAUACAUUAUGUUUAAGCUUUUUUCAGUACUUUUAUCAAGUAUUCCAAAUAGAUUAUUGAAUGGUGUUAGAUAUACUACUAAAGAAGUUUCCCGCGGUCUAUAUGAUGCCGCCACACUAUGGUUUUCAGCGUUGGUUAUGGAGAUCCUUUUGUCCAUUCUCCAAUUUGCAAUUUUCUUUGGGACUAUAUACUAUUUUGGGCUUGUUAAAAAGGAAGAAGCCUUUUUUUUGGGUAGCCGCUUCAUGAUGUCAGUUUUGGCGAAUAGUACAUUCCGUCUGAUAAUUUUAUCUAUAACUGACCCUUUGACAACCUUUGGAAGAAUUAUAGGGGUAUUUACGUCUCUCAUUCCCAUGAUUACUCUUGUGAUAUCGAUUAUUAGUUCUGUGAAAGCCAAGGUCUCGAAAACCUCAUCUGCCCCAACAUUUCUUAAGAAGUUUUUUGAGUCGUUGUAUGCUAUGCUUGUGCCGAAUGUCGUUAUUGACGGAGAUAUCUUCAACUACUGUUCUGAUAAAUUGAAUAAUGAAGCUACAGAAGUCCCAUCAUUACUUCGUACCAUUAAGAAGAGUAUCCCUAGUAAUAUCCUUAGUGAUGAAACAAGGGGAUUAUCUCAAUCCAAAAACGGAUUUGUCUUAUCUGCCAUGUUAUUGGUCUCACUGUUUGCACUUAGCCUCUUAGGCAUUUCUUUCUUGGACAGGAGAUUUACACCCUCUAUGCGCUACCAGCUUUCCAAUGAUAAGGUUGUGCCUGAUAGAAGUUUUAGGUCAAAGAUAAGGUCUCUUACUAAGGGCGUUUGGUUUAAACGAUUCCUAAUAACUCUUUUCACGAUUUUAAUAAUCCUAACGGUAACCUUUGCUCUUUAUAAAAAAGGCCUUCACUUCGAAACAACAGAUUCUUCUGAUAAUGGGGAAGUAUACAGAUCAACUCAACCCGUCAAGUAA